AUGUAUUCAUCAAAGUUAUUGUUAACGGUUUAUUUAUUAAUAACAUUAAUACAAAUAAGUUCGUCGCGACCACAAAUAAAAACAAAAGGAGAAAUUGAAUCGAAUAAAAAAAAUUGGGAAAAUGGCAACACCGAUAUUUCUCUAUUGAAAAAAUUAGAAAAAAGUGGAAUCGGAGUUAAAAGAAGUUUAACAGAUGAUAAAAACAAACAAGAAGAAGAAAAACAAACUAAAAUUGAAAUUAUUGAAUCUGUUAAAAAUGAUGAUGGAAAAAAAGAUGCCAAAUCAUUGGAAAAUGGCGGCGAUGAUGAUGAUGAUCAAUCAACGACGAGAGUUAAAAAACAAUCACCCAACAAUGUAUGUAUCAAAAUUGGAGGAUGUGGUAAAACUGCAUGCGGACCCGUUGUAUCUGCCAGAGGACCCAUCGUUACGGAUAUGAGAGCAAUGAUGCACGGUAUGAAACCAAUGACGGUAAUGAAUGAUAUGCAAAACGCUGCCAUGAAAGAAAUGAAUUCGGCCGGUAACACCAUGGAACAAUUUAGUCCAGUUCACGGUAGAACGGUUGACCUCAUGAAUUUAUCUCCGGUUUCGGUUGGUGUUGCCACUCCGACGGCUUAUACGGCUUCAUCUGUUAGUCCUGCCGUCGAAAGCAAUUUAGGAUACGGUCAUUCGUUUUUAAAACCUCAACCGGUACAAACCAUUCCCGCAUUACCCGUUGCCGUUAUUUCUCAACACCAACCUCAUUCUCUCGUUCAUCCGUGGUUAAUGCCUCACUUAAUGCCACACAUCAUGCCCCACAUCAUGCCGCAAUUGGUGUCUAAUUUGAUGCCGAGUAUUCCCUCUUUUUUUCCUCACAGAAUCGAACCGCAUACCAUUUCUGAAAUGCCUCAAAAUGAAAUGAAACAACCACCGAUGUCACCGAUGCCACCGAUGCCGCAAUAUUCUUAUCAUUCUCCGGACACCGCAUUGAUUUGUCAACCGGUUAGAAAUCAACGUAUCGACAGCUCUUACGAUUACAUUUACAAACCCGACAUGGCUAUGGACAAAAGCAUGAACAUUUCGGAGUCAGCAAAAAGAAUGUCGAAUUCGAUCGAUGAGGAAAACAAAAUGAAAGAACAUUUGAGAAAAGUAAACGAAAUCAAGGAAGAAAUAACGCAAUUGAACAGAGCCGCCCAACGCAUCGUCGACCAGCAAGAAAGGUUGACCGAAAUGCAACAAAAACAACAACAACAUUGGGGUUCUUCCUCCAUGUCUUCUUCUAUGCAAAACAUGAAUCGUCCAAUUUCGUACAUGGGUGGCGGAUACUACUCGCAACCAUCCAUGCCCUGGGGUUACUCUCGUGCGAACAUAUUAUCUUAUCCCAACUCUAACGAAGAUAUUGACUUUUUCAUGAAUUUACUCAAAGCCGGUAAAAGCAUUGGCACCAUAUCAAACACUCUUCAACCGAUAUUAAACAACGCCGGUGAAGUAUUAAAUGGUGUCCCAGGAACCACAAAAACCGCUAAGGAAACAACUGAAACAUCCAACAUGAGCGCAAGAGCAGAAAAUCCAAAAGCCAUAUCACCACCAUCACCACCACAACUACCCAAAACUCCUACUGCUACCGCCUAAAAUCCCCCCUUAAAAAUAAUUUAUUAAUUGUAAUUUAAAUUAUUUAUCGAAUAAAAUAAUAAAUUGUAAUUUAAAAAAAAU